UCAUGAUGAGACGCUCGACUUCUAUACGUGGACAUUAAAAUCAACAAUAAUGACGGAUAUAGAAAUUCCCGUUGUUUCUCUUACGGAAUUUAUGUUUACUUGGUUUGAUAAAUUUCCAGAUAAUGUGGCACUGGUUGAUUUGGAAACAGGGAGAAGUCUGACAUAUAAAGAAUUAAAAUGUCUGAUUAUAAAAGCGUCGAAUGGUUUACAAUCUUUAGGAGUCAAAGAAGGAGAUGCUGUUUGUGUGUGUUCACCUAAUAAUAUUGAUUAUGCUGUGGUUUUCUUCGCACUGGUGUUGUUUGGUGCCACGGUGCAGGCAACUAAUCCACAAUAUACAAAAGAUGAGUUAAUAAACCAGUUUAAACAGUGUAAUACACAGUGGGUUAUAACAGUACCCAGUCUCUUAAACACGAUAAAAGAAAGUAGAAUUAAAUCUAUUAAGGGGAUUAUUGUUAUAGGCGGUGAUUCAAAACUUGACAAUUGCAUUUCCCUGAACACAGUUAUCUCCCUUGGAGAAGGCAAAAAUCUAAAGAAAGCAACAUUUGACCCGAAGAAGACUGUCGCUUGUUACAUAUUUUCCAGUGGAACAACUGGUUUACCUAAAGCUGUUAUGUUAUCACAUUAUAAUAUAGUCGCUAAUAUGGUACACGUCGUUAGCUUUCUGAGUUUAGAACCAGGUGAUGAUUGCCUAGUAUUUCUGCCAUUUUAUCAUAUGUUUGGUUUAAUCUCCAUCUUGUGUUGUUCUUUGAUGUUUGGUGUGAAACUGGUUAUUAUGUCCAAUUUUCAACUUGUGCCUUAUUUCGAAGCCAUUCAAAAAUAUAAGAUCAAAGUCAUACAUGUUGUACCGCCAAUAAUGGUGCUACUAGCUAAGUCACCAGAAGUUAAAAAUUAUGACCUCACAUGUGUUAGAAGGGUGUUAUGUGGAGCUGCUCCUUUAAGUAAAGAUAUAGAGUUGAAGGUCAGAGAUAUAUUACAGAUUGACUUCAUAACUCAAGGCUAUGGUUUGUCCGAAUGUUUAAACACCCAUCUAAAUACACCAACACAUCACAAAGAAGGUUCUGUUGGCAGGAAUUAUGCUGGCAUAAAAUCAAAGAUCAUUCAUCCAAAUACUGGUAAAACUCUUGGUGUAAACGAAGAUGGCGAAGUUUGUAUCAAAGGACCACAAGUCAUGAUGGGUUAUUUGAACCAACCGGAAACAACGGCGGCGAUGAUUGGCUCGGACGGAUGGGUUAGAACUGGUGAUGUAGGUCAUCUAGACGAAGAUGGUUUUCUGUAUAUAGUUGACAGAUUUAAGGAACUGAUUAAAUAUAAAGGUCAUCAGGUUGCGCCAGCAGAAUUAGAGGCUUUACUACUAAAACACCCCGAUAUUGCCGACGUAGGCGUUAUUGGUGUACCCGAUGACGAGGCUGGAGAACUCCCUAAAGCCUUUGUGGUUUUGAAAAACAAUUCAAAAAUAACAGCUAAAGAUAUUCAAAAUUAUGUUCAAGAAUGUACUGCUCCUCACAAGAGACUUAGAGGUGGUGUUGAGUUCCUGGAGGAAAUUCCUAAAAGUGCUAGUGGAAAGAUUUUAAGACGUGUUUUAAAGAAAAGAACAUUAAAUAGCAAAUUAUAA